GAAUGAUUUUCUAGGAAACAUGGCAGCCUCCACCCAAGCGAAGUCGGGAGAUUCGGUUGCUGAAAUAUUCGAAAGCAUGAGCUAUGGACCAGCCCCAGAGUCUCCCGAAGCCGCAAAGAAAUGGCUAGAGGACCACAGCAAUGGCAACCUGGGCCACUUCAUUAACAACCAGUGGAUGCGGCCUGAAGGCAGGAAGGCUUACGAGACGCGCUAUCCUGCCACUGGCGAGGUUAUGGCCUCCACAGUGCAGGGCACGCAGGAGGAUGUUGACACGGCUGUUGCUGCCGCAAAGACUGCGUUUGGGAGCUGGAGCAAGCUGUCGGGACAUGUGCGCGCUCGCCACCUGUACAGCAUCGCUAGACACGUACAGAAACACCAGCGUCUGAUCAGUGUCAUCGAGGCCAUGGACAACGGAAAGACAAUCCGCGAGACAAGAGACUGCGACAUUCCCCUGGUGGUGAGACACUUCUACCACCAUGCUGGUUGGGCCGAACUCAUGGACACUGAGAUGCAAAACUGGAAGCCGAUAGGUGUGGUAGGUGGGAUUGUACCAUGGAACUUCCCACUUAUGUUGCUCACAUGGAAGAUCUGCCCUGCCCUUGCGAUGGGCAACACUGUUGUUCUGAAACCUGCAACUUACACCAGGUUAUCCGCACUGCUACUGGCUGAGAUCUGCGCUGAGGCAGGACUGCCACCUGGUGUUUUCAACGUCGUCACAGGCCCUGGAUCAUUCGGCAGCCUCCUGGCCAUGCAUCCAGAUGUAGAUAAGGUGGCCUUCACUGGAUCUACACAGGUGGGUCAGCUGCUCAGGAGGGCCACGGCGGGAACGGGUAAGAAGAUAUCCCUGGAGCUCGGCGGGAAGUCUCCCAUCGUCGUGUUUGAUAGCGCCGACCUUGACAGCACCGUGGAGGGCAUCGUCGACGCGAUAUGGUUCAAUCAGGGACAGGUGUGCAGCGCGGGCUCGCGUCUGCUCGUGCAGGAGACAGUCUACGAGACCGUGAUCAGCAAGCUGAAGGAAAGGCUGACGCAUUUCCGCGUCAGCGACACUCUGGAUAAGAGCGGGGACAUGGCGGCACUGGUGGACGAGUCGCAGAGGAAGACCGUGGAGCAGUAUGUCGAAGAAGCCAGGAAACAAGGAGCUGAGAUUUUUCAGCCUUCUGCACCUCUUCCUACAAAGGGAUGCUACUACCCUCCCACACUUAUUACAAAAGUGUCAAGUGUCUCCAAGGUCAUGGAUGAGGAGAUUUUCGGCCCCGUGCUCUGCGCGAUGCCGUUCAGAACGGCCAAGGAGGGCCUAGCGCUUGGCAACAACACGCGCUACGGCCUCGGCGCGAGCGUGUGGACCGAGAACCUGCCGCUGGCGCUUGAGGCCGCCAUGACGCUGAAGGCUGGCUCCGUCUGGAUCAACUGCCACAACCAGUUUGACGCGGCGGCCGGAUUCGGCGGCUACAGAGAGAGCGGCUACGGCCGCGACGGCGGCAAGGAGGGACUGUUCGAAUAUGUUCAACCGAAGUGGCAUAACAGAGCAUACCCCAAAGUUGAUCCAAAAUUCGACCUUAAGAAGUUUGGUACAUCGGUGAUGGGCUUGCCAACAUUAGACAACCAAGCUAGUAUGGUGAAUAUCAGUGGCAUGCUGACUCCGGCGGUUGAUCAUACAUACAAGCUUUACUAUGGAGGCAAGCAGGCAAGACCCGACCAAGCGCAUUCUAGACCUGUGGUCAACAACUCGGGCAAAGUCAUCACCCACGUUGCCGAUGGCAACAGGAAAGAUGUUCGCAAUGCAGUGGAGGCAGCAUUCAAGGCCGCACCUGGGUGGGGUAAGAGAGCCGCCUUUAACCGCUCGCAGAUAGUCUACUACAUGGCCGAGAACUUGGAGCUGAGACGAGAGGAGUUUGCUGCCAAGCUGGCUAACGGCACUGGUUGCAGCUUGGACGAUGCUACACGUGAGGUGGACCUGUCAGUCCAGCGGCUCUUCUAUUGGGGGGCGCUCGCCGACAAGUACGGCGGGACCGUGCAGGAGACGAACCUGUACGGCGCGACGUUAAAGAUCCACGAGCCGAUGGGCGUCGUCGGCAUCGCGUGCCCGGACGAGAGCCCGCUGCUCGGCUUCGUGUCGUUGUUCGCGCCGGCCGUCGUCAGGGCCAACUGCGUCGUCAUCGUGCCGAGCGAGAGGUUCCCCGUGUCGGCCCUCGACUUCUAUCAGGUAUUUGACACGUCAGACUUGCCAGGAGGAGUUGUCAACAUCCUGACUGGAAACAGGGACCACCUCACAAAGUACAUAACCGAGCACCAGAAUGUUCAGGCGAUGUGGUACUUUGGCUCGGCAGAGGGCGCCAAAUUCGUCGAGACGAUGUCUGCGGAGAAUCUCAAGCGGACGUGGGUGAGCUACGGCGAGACGCGGGACUGGAGCAACCCCGCGCAGGGACAGGGAGAGGAGUUUCUCUACCACGCCUGCCAGGUGAAGAACAUCUGGGUGCCAAUGGGUGACGUCUUCGCAAACUAGCCGGUGAAGCUCCCCCCCGAUUUGCUGCGUCCCUGCGUGCGGUGCGAGCCGUGAAAGACAUGACCCCCGGGUAGGAUCUGAUAUACGCGAGACAUUGUAAGACCAGAAGAAAAAACGAAAAACAGCUCUAUAUGUGCUGCGUCGAAUGUCAUAGGUUUGCUGAGUUUUAAAGCUUGUAUCAGUACUCGUAUAAACAAGUAUACUUGCUACUAUGCCUAAACUGUCAUCUAAGUUUGCAGUCACGUUGAAGAAGUGUUUGGUUAACGUUGGUUGUGCCAGAAUGAGGAAGAGCAUAGGUCUGACACUGUAGUCGAUUACCUGAAUUUAAAUCAAUCACAGAUCUGGCCUGUUAUAAAGCUAGUCUGAAAUUUCCAUUCUGGCAUAUACAUAUAUCGAUGUUAUUACAGUUGUUGUAGGAAGAGUUACAUAUUUAUUUCCUAACCCCGGUGUUAUGUUGAGAAAAGUAGUGAAAGAAUGGAGGUAUUGUUAGCAAGACGUGUAGCCAAUUAGCAUGGCUAAUCCACAAAACGUAAACAGGUAUGUAUGAAAUAUAGAUAGACAGAGAUAUAUAUGUGUGCAUGAUAUAUAAGGAAUGGUGACUUCUGGUUUGUUAAAUAGGCAUUUAUGACAGGUGUGAGUCUUGCUUUUACAAGCAUGUUUCAUCACACUCAAACAAUUAUUAUGUAGGGCUAGGGUGUGUUGAAAUAUGUCAAUUACAUAUUACAUAAAUUUACCUGAAAAUUUGCAUUAAACCAAAGCUAAAUUUGCCAGUGAGCAGAUGUAAUUAAUAUUAUAAUUACUAGUUAUAUUAAAGGUUAAGCAUUUAGACACCACAUCUUGCAUAAUAGAAAAUGCAUGGCGAUUAUAGACUUCCAACGAAAAAGCCAAAUGCGCAGUAAAAUAUGAUUAAAAUAUGCAACAACUAUUGAAAAAUGGGACUAGGCAGUUUCUGCAACUUGUAGAAAUGAGUAGAAAUAAAAUUGUAGUCAUUAAACA